AAGGAUUGCUGACGCGCGUUGCGCCCUUUCUGACCAACUUUCAGCUUCUUCCAAAAACAUUUCAAAGUAACUGAAAGAUAUACCAUGUCGCUGUUUUCAAGGCCCAAAAAGCAAAGUGAAGGCCCCUCACCUAGCCCCCUGCAAGACGGUCGUCGCAAACAGAUUACCUCCCUUCAUACCCACCAGCUUGCUGUCCGCGAACUUCAACCUGACACAGUCUAUGAAGUCACAACAACAACACCAUCAAGCCUUACUCUGCAAUUGACUAUCACACUCCCGCCUACCUUCCCGGACACGCCUCCCAGUAUAAAGGUCAAACCGCCUGUUCAGCAUGCUUGGGUCGAUAAAGCAGGAUACGUUAUUGGACAUGAACGUCUUGCGAGAUGGGAUGCCGGUCAGGGUAUUGUUCUAGGACGACUUUUGAGGGAGAUUAUCCAAGAGUUUGCCAUACGUCCACCAUCUCGACCUGAGCAUUCGUAUCAGCACCAUCACUCCCCAACGACAACAAGUGUACCAGGACCCUCUCUGAUGCACCCACAGCAUGCUCCUAUUCCCGAAUUUCCAGAAGUGGAUCAUUUAUCACUCGAAGAACUCGAUGAUCUGCUCAAGAAUGAAGAGGCUUUGGGACUGUUUUUUGAACAAAUGGAGCAUGUGAAAAGUAUGAGACAGGUGCACGCAGAUCUUGUCGUGGGGAAUGAGGCUUUGGCGCGACGCAAUUUGGAAAAGGAGAAUGAAAUAAAUGCGCUCAAGUCAAGCCUUACAGAGCAAGUCACCUUGAUGCGGUCUCAGAAAAACUUGUUUGAUGAAAAUUCAAAGAUUCGAGAAGAUGAGCUCAUGCGUUUCGGAUCUGAUUACAUCACCAGCAAACUCCGAGCUGCUCUCAGUCAGUCUGAUGAGCUCUCAGAUUCAAUUGCAACGUCAUUUGUGGACGGAAAGCUCGGUGUGGAUGAUUUCUUGAAACAGUUCCGCGAUGUACGAAAGGUGUAUCAUCUGCGAGCUGCAAAGCUGGAGCGAAUAUCACGAGAACCGGGGCUCUUGUCUGCACCUUAACUGUUACCCAUAUAUUAUAAAUAUGAAUUAUUUACAUGUCUUGCACUGUAGUAGCAGACUGAAGAUCCA